AUGCUAAAAAAUAUACGCAAAGGGAGCUCACUAACUCACGAUUUGAGCUUGAUCGUUAAUAGCCCUCGUUACAGUGAUAUCAGUAUAUUAUGUCAGAAUGAUGUAUUAUACGGAUGUCGAACUAUUUUGGCAGCUCGCUCCAAUAUAUUUGAUCGAAUAUUAUUCCCCGAAAAUAGAGAUUCAUAUCUUACGGAAAUAUCUUUUCCAGAUAUCAAUUCAUCCACUAUGAAAGUGGUGCUCGACUUCAUUUAUACCGGAAGCAUUCGUGAAGAGACUUUAUUGAAAUCAUCGGAGGCAAUCGAAAUCUACCAUGCAGCAGAUUAUUUCCUUUUACCCGACUUACAAGAUAGUAUUCUGAAAUUUAUCGAAGAAUUUCUCAAGGAGAAUGAAUACGGGCUUGCAAUAAAACUUUUAAACAAGGCCAUCGAAAAAAUGCCUCUCUCACAAGAUAAUAGGUUGCUUAUUCUUUUAACAACCUAUAUUGCUGCAAUACCGCUCGAUUCUUUUCCUUUCGAAUACUUUACGGUAGAAAAUCUUCGAGCUCUAUUGGCCAUGACAUUGAACAGUGAUGCGUAUUUUGCCACGCCUGAAUACGAAGUUUUCCGAUACAUAAUUCUCUGGGGAGCAAACCAAAUCUCGGAAGAAGCGAUAAGCAUUUUCAAAUCUCGCUUGCCCGCUUUAGAAAUUGCGGAAACCGUAUUUCCUCAAGAAUUCUUUCCGAAUCAACAAGCCGUAAAAUAUUAUGAACUCCGAUCAGUAGUACUCCGCAUUACCUCACCAGUACUCACUUAUAUUAACUUCUCUUUAAUUAAGCCAAAUAUCCUCGCGAAUGUAAUACAUCCAUUAGGGAUGAUAUCACAACCAGUACUUUUUGAAGCAUAUCAAUUCCACGUCGGACUGAAUUCUAUAACUAGAAGAGGCGGGAUUUCGUGCAAAAUUAACGAUCUACGCUGGGAUAAUAUGGCAUGCGGACCGAACAUUGAGAUAAUAGACUAUGGAACUCGAGUACUUUGUACAAGUAGCACAACUGUUGAAUCAGUUCGUGGUGUAAACCUACUUUGGGGCAAUGGAAUGUACGAAUGGGACGUUAUUGUCGAAGAAAAAAGCAGAUGUGCUUGGCUAGGUGUCUGCGGUGAAGGUGUCGACUUUACUUCGUACUUAGGCUGCCAAGAAAAUAUGUAUGUAUUUAGCUCGGAUGGACAAAUAUUGAAUUCUGGAAAAUCACAGAAAUAUGGUACAAAGUUUGGAAAAGGUUCUACGAUCACUGUUCACCUUGACAUGACCAGACGUACAUGCGCAUUCUCGAUUGACGGGAUUCGAUAUCCUGUUGCUUGGUCUAAUUUGCCUGAAAAAUUGUAUCCCGCUGCGGCCAUUUGGAAGUUUGGUAGGUUACGAAUUAAACCGCACGUCUGA